GGCCGCUUUUGGUUUGCGGCGCACGUUUGCGGCUCACGACCCAUACGGCUCGGCUCUGCCGUGUCGCGCAGCACUACGACGCUGUGGGCAACCACUGUGGGCGACCGCGCCGGCUAACUCCAUAGAUUUGCCGUGUACAGAUGAGUGCACAACACCCCAUAGCACCGGACUCCUACCGGCUGGAACGCGCAGGACGCGUGCUGCAUGCUGGUACGGCCGAUGGCUUCCCCAGCCUCACGAAGCCCGAGCUGCGCGCAUUAGCGGCGACGGCGCGUGCGCUCGCGGCGAGUGCCGAGGCCGAGAUCGACGCGAGGCCGGCGCCUUUCCCUGCUUCGUUGCCACCGUGGCUGGUGAUGCAGUGGCUGCCUCUCCCUGACGCCUCCGCGGCGCUGCGCGUCGCAAGUUCGUGGUGCGGUGGCUCCGAGCAGUAUUUUCGCGUCUUCGCGGAGCGGCACUGUGUCACUCGCUCUUCUUCGUGGAGAUUGGCCGCUCGCGCUGUCGUGAUCAACCAGCAGUCCAGACGGGUGUCCGAGUUCCAGCGGCGUGUUCUGGCCCAUUACGAGCACCAGCCCCGAUACGACGAUUCCCGUGGAUACGAUCUCCGUUACAUCCCGGUCGAAGAAGUCGCCGCCGCCAUCCCCGGCGCGACGGUGGAGCAGGUCAGGACCGCAGCCGCGUUCCUCGUGUCCUUGAAAAGAUUGGAGGUUUCGGCUAUGGACGAUGGGCACCGGGUCGCGGAUUUAACUUCCUUGGAGCGGCGCGUCAUCGACUACCACAAUGACCACGGCACGGGCGACGACGUGGGCUGCCACGUGAACGCCGUCGCCGCGGGCCUCGGCGAGGAACUAGCCCUUGUCCGAACAGCAGUGCACUACCUGCGUUCGGAGGGCCACCUCUACUCGACGACGGACGACGACCAUCACAAGUCCACCUCGGAGCCGUGGGAUUGGACUACUGUACAUGUGUAA